GAACUGAAAUUGUCAUCACAAACUUGUCGUGGAAUGUGUCAAUUGGGGAAAAAGUAAUAAAAAAAGAAAUUAUUAACAAUAAAAUUAAAAUAUAUAUAUUUGGGAAAAAGACAACAAAAUUCCAAUCAAAAAAAGUUGCAAUAUAUUUCAUUGUCAAAUGUUUGUGUGUUAAAUUUGUCAACGUGUUUGUUGUUCAUGAAAACUGUGUGUUUUAACGAAAGUAGGUGGAAAACAAAAAAAGAAAAGAAAAUUGCAACACCAUCAGUCGUUGAGAGGAAAAAAAAAAUAACCAACCAACUAAAUUCCCCAAUACACAAAACGAAAAAGACGACAUAUUUUUAACCUGUUAUAAGUAAUUCAAGCAAUAUUGAAUAAAAGUAAAGAAAGAAAAACAAAAACAUGAAUCGUUCCGAUGGUUUAGUGAGACGUACUGUUCGCUCGAGAGAAAAUGGUGCUGAUUCAGGCAGUGCCUCCGGAAACGCGAAUACCCCCGACGAUAAUCAAGACUUGCAAGAAAACAAAGAUCACGAGGAUAACAUCGAUGAUGGUGACUCCAAAGAGACACGUUUAACGUUAAUGGAGGAGGUGCUAUUGCUGGGUUUGAAAGAUAAAGAGGGUUACACAUCGUUUUGGAAUGAUUGCAUAUCGAGCGGCCUACGCGGCUGCAUUCUUAUCGAGCUGGGACUACGAGGUCGCAUUAUGAUGGAAAAAUCUGGUAUGCGCAGACGUGGACUAUGUUCAAGAAAAGUCAUAUUGAAAUCGGAUCAGCCAACCGGUGAUGUUCUAUUAGAUGAAGCCUUAAAGCACAUAAAAGAAACAAAUCCACCCGAAACGGUACAAAGUUGGAUUGAAUAUCUAAGUGGUGAAACUUGGAAUCCAUUAAAAUUACGCUAUCAACUGAAAAAUGUACGAGAACGUUUGGCUAAAAAUCUGGUCGAAAAGGGAGUAUUAACAACAGAGAAACAAAAUUUCCUAUUAUUCGAUAUGACAACACAUCCACUCAGUGAUAAUGUGGUCAAAUGUCGCUUGGUGAGAAAGAUUCAAGAUUCUGUUUUAUCAAAAUGGGUCAACGAUGCGCAACGCAUGGACAAACGGAUGUUGGCUUUAAUAUUCCUGGCCCAUGCCAGUGAUGUCAUUGAAAAUGCCUUUGCCCCACUUAACGAUGACGACUACGAAGUGGCCAUGAAACGUGUCAGAGAGUUGUUGGAUCUGGAUUUCGAAGCGGAGGCAGCAAAACCGAAUGCCAAUGAAAUUCUUUGGGCAGUUUUUAUGGCUUUUACGAAAUAAAAUCAAAUUCUUCUUUUUUAAUCAAAUUAAUAUUAUUUUCUUUCCAUUUUUUUGUUUAACAUAUUUCUCUAUAUAUACAUAUAUUAUAAUUUACGUUUUUAAUUAGUAAAUUAAAAUAAAAAAGAAAUUAUAUAUACACAACAACAUAUACAUACAAAAAAAAAAAAAAUAAAGAAAAAAAAACAAACAAACAAACAAAACAUAUACACUUAUAUAAAAUAUAUUUUUUCCAAACAAAAAAAAAAAACGACAAUGCCACUUAUGUAAAAGAAGCUCUAAAACUCCUGUUUUUUUCUGUGACAUAUAUUUUUCUUUUCUAAAUUUAAGAGAAAUUCACACACGACACAUACUCCCACUCACACACACACAUACUUCUUUAAUGUUACAAAAAAGAAUGAUAAUGCAUAUUAAGUAGAGUGCAGUGAAAUAAUAAAUUAAUAAAAACAAGAAA